UUUGCGUCCUGUGAGGCGCAUCUCAAGUCUUGACAAUCCAACCAGCGCUUCUGGUUUUCAGUCACUCCACUGUUGGCCUCCACUGACAGAAAAACAUGCUCAGCAGACGAGCAUAGUUAGAUUAGAUCCCGCCUGUUUUCAAUUACAUUGUGCAGCUUUGAGCAGCACAAAGAGGACGAGCAAGUGGAGCAGUGGAGAGUUCCAGUUUGGGCGCUGCGGGACGCGCCGUGCGCACUUCAGCCCAGCUUGCAAAGAGAAGAGCAGGAGGACGCACUCCACACAAAAAAAGAUGAAUGACACAGACGUUUUCUGCCAAAACAACUUAACCGAUCCAUCAUGUGGAAACGCAACUCUCCCUCCUCUCAGCUACAUCGACAUCACCACUUUUAUGCACAUUUUCCCGUCCAUUUACGGCAUCCUGUGCUCGGUGGGAGUUCUGGCCAAUGCACUGGUCGUUUACGCGGUGGCUGCCUGCAAGAAGAAAAUGGUCUCGGACAUCUACGUGUUGAACUUGGCUAUAGCAGACAUGCUCUUCCUGCUGGUGAUGCCCUUCAACAUCCACCAGUUGGUCAGAGACAGGCAGUGGGUCUUCGGGAACUUUAUGUGCAAGGCGGUGGUUGUGGUGGAUGUCAGCAAUCAGUUCACCACCGUGGGAAUCGUCACUGUGCUGUGCAUUGAUCGGUACAUCGCGAUUGUUCACCCCACCUCAGAGCGGAGGACCAUCCAGUGGACUAUCAUCAUCAACAUGCUGGUGUGGAUUGGUAGCUUCCUGCUCACCGUACCGGUCAUGAUGUAUGCAAAGGUUGUACGCAGACAGCAUUUAGAGAUCUGCAUGAUGUACCUGGACGGGCCGGAGGACAUGUACUGGUACACCCUCUACCAGUCCAUCCUGGGCUUCAUUAUCCCCCUGGUCAUCAUCAGCACCUUCUACUCUCUUACGCUUUACCACGUGUUCAGCUCCAUCCGUCGGGUCAAGCGGAGGCAGUCAGUGUGGGCCAAGAGGGCCACCAAGAUGGUCCUGAUGGUGAUUGCACUAUUCCUCAUCUGCUGGUCGCCCUAUCACGUCAUCCAGGUGAUCAACCUGAGCAACAACUCCCCGACCAUCGCCUUUAUCUACGCCUACAACAUCAGCAUUUGCCUCAGCUACUCCCACAGCUGCAUCAACCCGCUCAUGUUGCUCAUCUUUGCCCAGAAUUACCGCGAACGUCUUUGUCUCCGAAACAGGCUGCACAGUUCACAGCAGUCAUCUAAGGUCACCGUGGUCAAAACAGAGGGUUCCAGUAUGGCCGCCGAGCUCAGUUAUCGCUCUACGGCCAUAUAAACUUUUCCAGCAUGGACAAGUGGGCAAAUAUUGUUGCCUUUGAACCAUCCAUCCAUUUUAUAUUCCGCUUGUCCUCACUAGGGUUGUGGGUAUCUGGAGCCGAUCCCAGCUGUCUUCGGGCGAGAGGCGGAGUACACUCGAGACUGGUCGCCAGACAAACAACCAUUCACAACUACAAUUAACCUAGCAUGCAUAUUUUUGGAAUGUGGUGGUGAGCCAGAGAGAACCCACGUACGAGAGAUCAUGCAAACUCCACACAGACAUGUUCCAAUGGAGACGCAAUCUCCUGGCUGUGAGGCCAACAUGCUCAACACUAGGCCACCGUGCGGCCCUGCCUGUGAUGUUCCAACGUAGACAUGCGUGUUAUGGGAAUCUCAAAACAGGAAGAACUAAUGAAACUGUGCCUAAAGAGGGAAUACUAGCACUGGUUUCCAACUCUAAAGACAAUGGAAGAAGGAAUGCACAAGUGUCGCUCAAGGGUGACUGCUUGUGGACAUUUUAACAACAGCAGCUACGUUGCGUAAAUGCACAUCAUCAUUUAUGUGAUUGACAAAUAUUGGGUGAUGUUAUGCUACUUUGUAGUUGCCUUGAUGGUUCAUGUUGUUAUAUAAGUACUCAAAGUUACGAGAGCGUACUGAAUGAAUGAAGUAAAUGAGGGUGCAAAAAAAUGUGUAGUGGUCGUCAGAGUUCAGAACUCAGAAGUUCCAAAUGGGAUAUUUUCUACUUCCCAGCAAUCUAGAAUGGAGCCUUAAUGCACAUUUUGGUGGAGAAACUUCAACAGCGCUGCGUUAAACCAUGACUGUUUUGAUUGUCAAAUACUCUAAACUUACGAUUACAUGUUGACUGGAAACAAUAUGACAUGUUCAGAGAACAACAGGCAGACUAAUGAGUGCACUUGAAUGAAUUAUGUUGAUUAACAGACAACAGUCGUCCCUCGUUAUAUCGCGGUUCGAAUAUCACUCCCUCACUAUAUCAGGGUUUUCAAAAAAAAUUAAUACACAUCGCUGUUUCGUGGUUGACUAUGGCUUAUUAUAAGUCAAAAAAUAUUGAAAGACAAGUUAUAUUGUGGUCACUAGGCGUCAGUAAUGCCAAGUCAACAUGCCACAGCUGAGAUCGAGUAAAAAAAAAAAAAAAGGUUCUCCUCUCAUUUUGUGUGGAAGUGGUAAGUUUCCUUCUUUGUCCUUUUUUCCCAAUGCGUUUGAAACACUUUUUUAAGUAAAUUGGAGAGGAACUAGUGAGCUUGGUAUCUGUUAUGUCCCUGCAGUGGUCCCGUAGUCUGCGCAAUGUGACAUAAACAAGGAAUAAUAAGAGUGCCGUGGUGUUAUUUAAUGUCUCCAGGGCUCUAAUAAUUUUAAAACCCAUAUUUAGAAAGUCAUAAACAGGUUAUCUGUGCUCCAACUAUGAAAAUAUUCAGUUUGUUAAUAUUGAAUGCUACUUUGUGGGAAUUCACUUAUCGCGGCGGGGCCUGGAACCAAUUAACCGCGAUAAACGAGGUACAACUGUAUACGUUAUACAAUAGAUCACUGCUUUUCGCAGGAGUUACAUUUGACGUCUACCAGCAAAACGGCAAAAAUCCCCGAGUUAUUGAUUUUUAACACACUGCUCGCUCCUAUCAAUCCCUCCUGCUGGUUUGCCGUUGACAUUCUCAAACGUUCCCAACAUUUCCAGUAAAAGUGUUAUUAAAUUAGAUUAGUGUUAUUAAAUUAGAAAUUAUUAGAUUUGAUUCAGCUCCAGAACACGCUCGCUUCAAUUGGCAUUGUUCGGUAGCAUCAGAAGCUAACAAACUAAAUUCUAAAUGCACAAUCCGGGUUAAAGACAUAAAUAUGCCUUACUUACCAGGAGUAUGAGGUCCCCCUCUUCUGGGUUGUAGCGGCUAGCAGUCGGAGUAGGCAUUUUUUAAAUCCGUGUCUACAUAAUCCACACUGUUUACCCGUUGUGAUUCCACUAACGACUUCCGAUCAUAUAUUAACUUGUGUUGACCUCGCGGCAUGUUUCCAGGCCAGGUUGUGAUAUAUAAGUUUCACUCCUGCAUCUCACAGCAAAUAUGGUGCGUUCAAAGACUGAGGAACACACCGCCAACUCUCAAAAGACACAAUCAGUGAAGCAUGAAACAUGUAAAAAUUGUGGGCUCUUUUAAACAGCGGUACAUGUAUCCCGUACAUUUGACCUGUAUCAUCACGUAUUUAUAAAUUAUUACAGACUUGUGUUUUCUGCUGAAAAAAAUGGCCUAUUUUUGAGAAAAGCUCAAAUAAUAAUUUGGACCUUAAAUCAGAGAACCUGGCCGUGAAUGCUGAAUCACGAAUGUGCGUGGAUCCACUGUGCUGUGUUUCGUCUGUUUCUUAUCCUAUCUGCUGUUAUAGUUACAAAAAACUAUUUGUGAAUUUUGUUGUUUGACUGUUUAGCCGGAGCUAAUGAAAAAUGAAAUUUGUUGCGCAAUUGUUGCGUAAUGUAGAAAUGAAUGUACAGGGUCAGGCAAAAUGAUCUGACCCAUUUGUAGGUUAAAUAAAAGGCAAAUAAAGUAAAGAAACUUUGAAGCUUUGUUUCUUUAUAAUGCCAUUGUUUUUCGUUUCUUUUUCAGUUGCUGCCCUGAAUUGGACUGGUGAGCAUCGCGCUUUCAUUGUGGAAACGUUUACCAAAACAAACGAAUCUGUAACUGCAACACAACGAGCGUUCCGUUUGCACUUCAAUCUUGGCGGACAUGAUCCCGCACCAGCUCCAAACACCAUCUUGUUAUGGGUUACCAACUUCAGAGCUACUGGAUCUGCAUUGAGUGUGUGGACAAUAAUGGAUCCCGUUUGACUGAUUUAAUUUUUAAAACAUAAUGAAACAGAAUGGCAUUAUAUGUACUUUUCA